UCUAAAUAUUUCCAUAAAGGUGAGUAGUAAAUGUCUGGAGAGCAGAGAAUGAAUCCGGUUUACAGGCUGAGACGACAUAAAAAUCAACUGCAUGCUCUCUGUUCCCUGCCACGCUCAACCAGCGCCGCAGCCUCACCACUCUGGACCCUCAGUCAGCUCAAACAAUUGGACGCUGUUGGACUCUGGAAAUCCCCUGCCUUCCCCUUGCUCAACGGACCCCUUGCGUUGUCAGACCAGCUCCCCAUUGAAACUCGGCUGGAGAACCAGUCCGACUCUGAGUUUGGUACCCGCCCAACUGAAUUACCACAGACUAAACAGUCACCCGCUGCUCCAGUUGUUCCAUUUAGAGAGUGAUCAACUGUGAUGCUUCGACUGAAUGUUCCUUAUGUCUGAUUGAGCCAAUAUGUGACUGGAGGAGCGAGUGACUGGUCAUGUUGAUGCAGCUCCAUCCUGCCUCCUGCACGUUCCACCUGGCUGCCACCCCUCGCCUAAACCAACCAGAGUAUCCCCAGUAGGACCAAUCGGCUCUGGAGUUUGAACUCACGUGGGAAAUCCCUUGGAUGGGCUGACAGUCUGUAGGCAGGUAGAGCUACAGCUGCUACUCUUCAACAUGGGAACCAUGCCAUCGUGUGGUGUAUGUGGACUGUUUGUGCUCCUCAGUGUAUGUCUGAUAUCCCUCACACAACCCUGUGAAGGAGGGAACAUUCUGGUGUACCCUUUAGAUGGCAGCCACUGGAUCAACAUGAAGAUCCUGCUGGAGGAACUUCAUGCCAGAGGACACAACAUCACGGUGGUCAGGGCGUCCACCAGCUGGUACAUCGCAGAAGAAUCUCCCCUAUACAAAUCCAUUACACUUGAAAUGGAGGAAGAAUCAUCAGAGAACUUUUUUGAUUCAUACCUAAAGGAACAUAUGAGGAUGCAGAGAGAGGGGGCGUCACUUCUGUCUUUCUUCAAACUCACAAAGGAGUUCCUUAGUAUGUUAUCUCAGGUCCAUGUAAUGUGGUCUGAGGCCCUCGCUCAGAUGCUUGAUGAUGAGAACAUGGUCAAAAGCUUAAUUGAUACCCAAUAUGAUCUUGUUCUUACCGACCCAGGUAUAGCAACAGGGGUUGUUCUAGCAAAGUUUCUCAAACUGCCCACAGUGCUCAACGUGCGCUGGAUCACCAGUGGAGACGGCCAAUUUGCACUAGCCCCCUCACCUAUCUCUUACAUUCCGGUGCCAGGGUCGGGUUUGACGGACAAAAUAAAUUUCAUGCAGAGGGUCAAGAACCUGUUUUUCUAUGGCCUCAUGUUGUUCCAGCAGAGUGUCAUGAUAGGGCCAACUUAUGAUGCCAUCUGCCAUAAAUAUAUUGAGGGCGGAUGUGACAUCAUCUCGCUUCUUCAAGAGGCGGACAUCUGGCUGUUCAGGUCAGAUUUUGUGUUUGACUACCCUCGACCCACGAUGCCAAAUGUCGUCUACAUUGGGGGGUUCCAGUGCAAACCGGCUCAACCUCUGCCGGCAGACCUGGAAAGGUUUGUUCAGAGUGCGGGGGAGCACGGCGUGAUCAUCAUGACCCUGGGAACUUUGAUUAACGGUUUGCCACAAGAGGUAGCGGAGGAAAUUGCCAGCGUCUUUGCCAAGAUGCCUCAGAAGGUGAUAUGGAGGCACAAAGGGAUGCGUCCCUCCACUGUGGGCAACAACACUCUGAUAGUGGACUGGAUGCCGCAGAAGGACCUCCUGGGCCACCCUCAGACCAAAGUCUUCAUAGCUCAUGGAGGAACCAACGGAGUCCAGGAGGCCAUCUACCACGGAGUCCCCGUGCUGGGCAUACCCCUGUUCUUUGACCAAUUUGACAACCUCCUACGUUUGCAGGACAGAGGAGCUGCAAAGAUCAUCCAGUUGGCUGAUGUAAAUGGCCACAGUUUGGAACAAGGUCUUAAGGAAGUGCUCCUGCAGGACAGCUACAGGCAGCACAUGCAAAGGCUGUCGCGUUUGCACAGGGAUCAGCCAGUAGCACCCAUGGAUCAGGCCAUCUUCUGGGUGGAAUAUGUGAUGCGCCAUAAAGGGGCGGCACACCUGCGUACGGAGGCUAAUAAGAUGCCCUGGUACUCAUACCACAGUUUAGAUGUACUGCUACUGUUGCUGACUGCUGCAGCUCUACUGGUGCUCUCUGCUUUGACUAUUUUCUGGUUACUGUGCUGCAGAAGUAGAAGAAAGACCAAAUCAAAACAACACUGACUGAGGUCAACUUUGUUCAGAAAUAUGCUGCAAUAGGCUCCCUAAAGCCCUGUAUUAAGACAAAAAAAGCAGUAUCUCAUUUUUAAGUUUGUUGUUGUUAGAAAACACAAGUAUAGUUAAAUUUUAUCAGCCUUUUUUCUGUCUUAUCUAUUCAAAUCUGUAAAUUUACAUCCACUGAAAUAUUAAACCGUAAGGAACCAUGACACCAAUCGCUGUCUCACUGGUC